AAAAUGCGUACAAUAGCAUUGGCUCUUCUUGUACUUGUGGGAGUUUCCCAAGCAGCAUUCCUUCUACCAUAUUCUCUUCCAAAUGAUCUUAUUCAAUUAAUGGCUUUCCGUGAGACUCCUCAAAAUGCUGCCAUUUCUGCUUGUCAGGAUAUUCAAUUCAAUUAUUGUCAGACAACGUUCAAUCAGUUCUUUGGAAUGGAUGAUUCUAUUUCUUGGCGCAAUGGAUCUUACAUUUUCAAUACAGUUCAGAAAUAUUUGGAAAUGAAUGUUACAGAACUUAUCAAGGUUUGCAACACCCGUACUCAAUUCUACCAAUGCCUCGGAUCUUCUUAUUAUACCUGUAUGAAUCUCUAUACUCUUCUCAACAAGCCACAACCUGAUUUCUCGAACACAUUCGAUUAUGUUAGAACAUUCCGUGGACUCGAGUGGAUGUGCGUCGGAGGAUUCUCUGAAGUAGUAAGCCAAUGGGACUGUCUCGGUACUUUCCCAACUACAAAUGCGUAUAACUCUUGCAUUCAAAACUUCAAUCAAACAGUGUCUGCUGGAAACUUCUGCCCAGCAGUUCAACAAACUGGAAGCUGUUUGAAUGACGCCUACAAUGCCGCCUGUGGAGUCGGAGGAGCUGGAUACUUUGGAUGUGAGAACUUCCGUAUCACUUUCGACAACUCUUGCUGGGGACUCAGAUGCAUGGUUGAUUCAACCAACUAAUUCUUACUUUUCUAUCAAGAACAUUUAAUAUCUUUUUAAAGUUUAAUAUGAUAAAUUGGAUUUGUUCGUUAAA